AAUGUUUUGUCACAUGGAUUUGGGAAAUGUUGAUGUUGCUAUUCAUUGAGCUGUUAAAAUUAAAUGAUAAUAAAAUUGUGCAUGCUCAUUGCAUAAUAAGUUAAAUAGAAAGUCUGUUUAAAAUGAAAGCGUAUAAGCUCUUAACUUCGCCUGAUUAUGGCAAACCAAAAGAACACCAACAUGCGAUGCUUCAAGACAUAACUAGAGCUCACGUGGAGUCAUUCAAUUACUUCCUAAAUGAUGGCUUACAAAAAAUGGUUCAGAAUAUGGAGCCACUUGAGUUCUACUUAGGGGAGGACACACAAGCUGCAAACAGACUUCGGUUUUCUUUAAAUAUUACGAAAGUGAAUAUCUACGCACCUAAAGUCUCUGCUGCCAACAGAAUGGCUAUCAACAAUAAAGUUUAUCCUGCAGAGUGUCGUGAAAGAGGUACUUCAUAUAUGGGUGAUGUGCAGGCUAUCAUUUCUUAUACCUGUAACAAUGGUAAAUCUGGCAGCUUUGAUAAAAUUAUUGGUCAGAUACCAAUUAUGGUAAAAUCUGAUGCCUGCAACAUUGCCAAUUUAAAACCUGCAGCGCUAGUUAGAAGAGGAGAGGAGCCCGAGGAGAUGGGAGGUUAUUUUAUUAUCAAUGGGAAUGAGAAAGUUGUGCGUCUCUUGAUUCAACAGAGAAGAAAUUUUCCUUUGUGCCUAACAAGAUCAUCUUGGAAAAAAAGAGGACCAGAAUAUACAGAGUAUGGUGUGUCAAUACGAUGUGUCAGAGAAGAUCAAAUUUCUAAUACACUUACCCUUCACUAUCUGAACAAUGGAACAGCCAAAUUGUCCUUUGGUGUCAUGAAAGAAGUUUUCUUUGUUCCUGUCGUUUUAGUGCUGAAGGGUUUGUUAGAUGUCUCGGAAAAAUUUAUUGCCGAUGAGUUAAUCAGAGGAAGAGAAGAGGAUACAUUCUAUAAAGGCUGCGUGACUUUUAUGUUGAGACAAAUCAUGUCUGAGGGUCUGAACUCAAGGUCGUCUGUUCUCAGUUUCAUUGGUCAGAGAUUCCGAGUCAAACUUCAGCUACCUGACUGGUACACUGAUGAGGAGGUUGGAAAGUAUUUGCUCAAGAACAGCCUUUUAAUUCAUCUGGACAACAACACAGACAAAUUUAAUCUGCUAGUCUACAUGACCCAGAAACUGUUUGCCUUUGUUCAUGGGGAGUGUGCUGCUGAGAAUCCUGACAACCCAAUGUUCCAGGAGUUGUUGGUCCCUGGUCACUUGAUGCAGAUGGUCCUCAAGGAAAAGCUCGAAGCGUAUCUCUUAGGUAUGAAAGUUUCAAUGCAGAAAGCCAUUAAAAAAAAGGGCAGUGCAUUUCAAGUGACUCCAGCUGAUGUGAGAGAGGCUUCCAAGGCAGUGUCUACGAUCACAAGAGCGUUGGAAUAUCUCCUAUCCACAGGGAAUCUAAUUUCACCAACAGGUUUAGGCCUUAUGCAGGCAAGAGGCUUAGCAGUUUUAGCAGAUAAACUGAAUGUAUUUCGGUAUGCAUCACAUUUUCGAGCUGUGCAUAGAGGAUCUUUCUUUACCGAAAUGAGAACAACAACAGUCCGAAAAUUACUUCCAGAAGCAUGGGGAUUUUUGUGUCCUGUUCAUACCCCUGAUGGAUCCCCUUGUGGUUUGCUGAAUCACAUGACUGCCACUUGCAAGGUUGUUAACAUUGAAGUUGUAUGUGAAAAGUUUCAACUAAUUCUCACAGAGCUGGGCAUGUCCCCCAUUGCCUCCCCUAACCCCUGGCCCGUCUCUGACUGUUACACUGUCCUCCUGGAUGGGAAGAUUGUGGGCUACAUCAAUGCCUGGAAUGCUGAAACAUUUGCUUCCAGUCUCAGAGUACUGAAGAUCAAAGGACAACUUCCAUUUGCUCUUGAAAUUUGUCUUGUGAAGAAAACUGAAGUAGCCAGUCAAUACCCAGGCCUGUAUCUCUUCACCACCGUUGCUAGGAUGAUUCGACCGGUACUGAAUCUUGCAGCUAAUGCCAUUGAGAUGAUUGGUACAUUCGAACAGGUUAAUCUUGACAUCGCUUUAAAUCCAAAAGAGACAUUCCCUGGGGUAACAAGUCAUCAAGAGCUGAAUGAACAAAGUAUGUUGAGUGUCAUGGGCUGUAUGACUCCAUUUUCUGAUUUCAAUCAAAGUCCCAGGAAUAUGUACCAGUGCCAGAUGGGUAAACAGACAAUGGGCACACCACUUCAUGCCUACCAGCACAGAGCCGACAACAAACUUUACAGACUUCAGACUCCACAGAGCCCUCUUGUCCGUCCAGUUGCUUUUGAAGACUACAAUUUAGACGAGUAUCCCAUUGGCACCAAUACUAUAGUAGCUGUCAUCUCAUACACGGGUUAUGAUAUGGAAGAUGCCAUGAUUCUUAAUAAGUCUUCUUAUGAAAGAGGUUUUGCCCAUGGUAGUAUUGUCAAGUCAGAGGAUGUGGAUUUGCGUGGAAUCAGUCGAGAACAUGGUGCCAAGACAUUUGUUUUUGCAUGUGUACCAAGUGAGUCCACUGGCAGUCUUGAUGUUGAUGGGCUGCCACCAAUUGGGACAAAACUGACCAAUGGAGAUCCUUACUACAGUUAUAAGAAUAUACAAACUGGUGAAUACAAAGUUAUGACCUAUAAAGGUUUGGAAGAUGCCACUGUCACGCAGAUUAAAAUACUUGGAGAUGAUCUCGGCACAGAGGAAAUGAACCAUGUUUGCUUUGUCCUCAGGAUAGCGAGAAACCCAACCAUUGGUGAUAAAUUUUCCAGUCGACAUGGUCAAAAAGGUAUUUGCAGUAUGUUGUGGCCUGCCGUCGAUAUGCCUUUCACAGAAUCGGGUAUGGUGCCUGACAUCAUCUUCAAUCCUCACGGUUUCCCAUCUCGUAUGACAAUCGGAAUGAUGAUUGAAAGUAUGGCUGGCAAGGCUGGAGCUCUUCAUGGGAUGUAUCUUGAUGCCACGCCAUUCACUUUCUCUGAAGAACAGCCUGCCAUUGAUUACUUUGGUCAGAUGCUUACAGCAGGAGGUUACAACUAUUAUGGCACGGAGAGAAUGUACAGUGGCAUUUUGGGACGAGAAAUGGAAGCAGAUAUUUAUUUUGGAGUUGUCUACUACCAGCGUCUCAGGCACAUGGUCUCCGAUAAAUUUCAGGUGAGAACCACUGGUCCAGUGGAUCAAGUGACACAGCAACCAGUUAAAGGCAGGAAAAGAGCUGGUGGUAUACGUUUUGGUGAAAUGGAGAGAGAUGCCCUCAUCACCCACGGCACUAGUUUCCUUUUGAAUGAUAGACUAUUGAACUGUUCAGAUAAAUCAAAGUCCUACUUCUGCAUGAAUUGCCACACCUUAUUAUCUCCCUUGUUGGUACAGCAAGCAGAGUUUGAUCCCAGCCAAAACAAAAACACUACCUUCCGCCAUCAAAUUGUUUGUCAGCACUGCCAGCGCCGUGACUCUGUACACUUAAUCACCGUCCCAUAUGUCUUUCGGUAUUUGUUAGUAGAACUGGCCAGUAUAGGAGUGAAAGUUAAUCUAGAAGUGAAACAGAAUUUGUAACUCCAUUGACUGAUUAAGCUCUUUUUGCAAAUACUUGCACUUUAUUUUAGGGCUUCAGUUUUAACAAUGUUCACCUGCUAUGAAAUCAUGGUGGGGCUUUUCUUGAAUACUAUUUUAUUGUUGCUGAAAAUUAUAUCAUUACAGUAAUGUAUAUUUUGUUAUACUUGUUAAUUGGUAAUGAUCUGUAAACUUAAUAUGAAUGUUAAUUUGAUCUGUCAAAGCUUUGUAAGUUGAUGAAUAUCUGUUAUGAAAAAUGUCACUUUCUUUUGUAUGAAUGUUGGAUGCAAUGUUCAAUGUUUGAAUAUGUUGAUAACUAUUUCUAAUAAAAUAGUAAAACAAAUAAAGUUAACUAGUUGAUAACACUGUAAA